AUGAGCUCCGCCGGGGCUGCGCCCUCGCCCGCCAGCUCCCAGGCGGCGCCCCAGCCGGAGCACGACCGCGCGCGCGGCACGCCGGGACCUGAAGUCCUCGGGCGGGGCACGCCGGGACCCGGGCUGCAUGCCGGGAGUUGUAGUCCCCGCGGGCCGGCCGCAAGGCAUGCCGGGGCCGCUCGCCCUUCCGGGGCGCUGCCGGGGCGGGACCUUCCGCCUCCCCGGACGGCGACGUCGGCUUCCCGGCAGACCCCGCGGCGGGGAAGAUGGCGGCGGCGGUGGCUCGGCUUCCCUGAGGUGGCGCGAUGGAGUCUCCGCAGGCUGGUGGUGCGGACCGUGUGUGCGGUGCUGGGGCUCGUGGCCGGGAUGGGGGGCUGGGGGACCAGGGGAUCGGGUGGCCGGACCGGGACUGACCCCUCCGUCCGCAGGCUGGUGGUACGGACUGUGUGUGCGGUGCGCUCGUGGCCGGGGAUGGGGGGGUCGGGGGCCGGGAGUGACCCUUCUGUCUGCAGGCUCGUGGUGCGGACCAUGUGUGCAGUGCUGGGGCUCGUGGCCCGCCAGGAGGACGAAGGGCUGCGCGAUGACCGCGUCCGGGUCCUUGUCGCCAACCACGUGACGCCCUUCGACCAUAACAUGGUCAGCCUGCUGACCAGCUGCAGCACCCCGCUGCUGGACGGUCCUCCCAGCUUCCUGUGCUGGUCCCGGGGCUUCCUGGAGGUGGACGGCCGGGGCCAGCUGGUGGAGUCGCUCAAGAGGUUCUGCGCGUCCACCCGGCUGCCCCCCACGCCCCUGCUGCUCUUCCCCGAGGAGGAGGCCACCAACGGCCGCGAGGGGCUGCUGCGCUUCAGUUCCUGGCCGUUUUCUAUCCAGGACGUAGUGCAGCCGCUCACCCUGCGUGUCCAGAGGCCCCUGGUCUCUGUGACGGUGUCCGAUGCCUCCUGGGUGUCAGAACUGCUGUGGGCGCUGUUCGUGCCCUUCACGGUGUAUCAAGUAAGGUGGCUCCGCCCUGUCCAUCGCCAGCUGGGGGAGGGAAAUGAAGAGUUUGCUCUCCGGGUACAACAGUUGGUGGCUAAGGAGCUGGGGCAGACGGGCACACGGCUCACCCCAGCAGACAAGGCAGAGCACAUGAAGCGACAGAGACACCCCAGAACAUCGCGUCCUCCGUCAGCUCACGCACCUUUCUCUCCCUCCUCUGGCCUGGCUCCCGGCUCACAGCUCCUAACUCUGGCGCAGAGAGUCAAGGAGGUUCUGCCCCAUGUGCCAUUGAGCGUCAUCCAAAGAGACCUUGCCAGGACCGGCUGCGUGGACUUGACCAUCACCAACCUGCUGGAGGGCGCUGUGGCCUUCAUGCCUGAGGACAUCACCGAGGGGACCCAGUCCCACUCCAGCACCUCCACCCCCAAGUUCCCCAGCUCCGGCCCAGCCACCCCUGCACCCACCACCCUCACAUUUGCCAAGUCCUCCUGGGCGCGGCAGGAGAGCCUGCAGGAGCGCAAGCAGGCGCUCUACGAGUACGCAAGGAGGAGGUUCACAGAGAGGCAAGCGCGCCAGGCUGACUGA